CAUUAGUCACACGGUCUCUUGGAGCGUAAAGAAAGAGCUAAAACCAAACCAAUGUUUGAGUCAUUUUCUAUCACUCUCCACUCAACGCGCUUUCAUCGCUUCCCUCUCUAUCUCUCUCUCUAAACGCUGUCCUUAUUUAAAUAUCAUUCGGCCCCAUUCUCAUUUCUUACCUCUCUCUCUCUCUCUAUCUAUCUAUAAUCUAUUAUUGUACUUUCUCCUUCUAGAAGAAACUCUCUGCACUUUGCAUACUAUCUUCUCCUUCUCUUUGUGUUUUAGUUAUGGUGACUUCGGAGGGGCUAGCAAGCGUCGAACCUUGGUUGUAUCGACAAGGUUUCAACGUUGAUUCUUGGUUGCUUCACGAUACCUUCUCUCACGACAAUGAUCUGCUCGCCAAAGCUCUCCAUAACACCGUCUCAACACCACCACCACAUACUCUCCCUCCCUCCCUUUUCUACGAAUCCUAUAACCCUUCCUCAACUCACACACCUACCUCUAAUGUCUCUGGUGGAUCCAGUCAAGAAGUUGUUGGCGGAGGAGCUAAAAGGAAGCAUAACUGCAUCCUCACCGAAGGUAAAACCACGAAGCGCGGCCGCUCUCGCCCUUCCAAGAAACCUCAGACCACGUUCAUAACCGCAGAUCCUUCCAACUUCCGCCAGAUGGUUCAGCAAGUGACCGGCGCCAAGUACGUGGACGAUACUUCUUCCUCGGUGCUUUUCACUCCCAUCGUCAAGCCGGAGCCGCAUAGGCUCGUUAACAUACUUACUGGCGCGGUUCCAACGCUAGACACAUCAGCAUUUCUAACUAACCAUCACCAUGAGAAUCUCCUUGCCGGAAACACCUUUUCCGGUAGCGACGCCGUGGGGUUACCGCCGGAGAAAGCUAAUGCAAAGAGUGGUGGUUCAGCCGUGGAGUUUGAUCCUUACCCAACGUUUCCGACGCUCGAGUCGUGGAAAGUUAUGUGAUUCCUUCUAAGUUGCCUUGUAAUUUUUUUAACUACUAUGCAUCUCAUUAUGAAUGAUCUUUGUUCAUAUAUGUUGGUACUUAAUCUAUUUGACUUUAAAACUA